CAAAACAAAUCUAUUAAAUUUUAUUUUAUUUUAUAGAAAUCUUUGAAAAAUGAUUAUCAGACAUAUUUUAGUAAAAGAUAUACGAAACCUAUUGUGCCCGAAUUAUCGAGCGUAUAGUGUACUCUGUAAUAUACAAAGAAUAAAAGAGAAUAAAUAUGGUAUUGGGAACGAAAACCCUAACCUGACUAAUCAUAGUCUUACCAAAGUUCACAAAAGAUAUUUAUCUCUUGAAUCCGUGGUGAAAUGGCAAGAAGAAGUUUACAUGAGUAUAUCAAACAGUACUAUGGUUAACGUCAUGCAGGAUGGUUUGUUGCAAUUUCAUGAAGUUACAGGUUUUUCAUGGUGGGCAACAAUACUUUCCUCAACUGUUCUUAUAAGAGCGUUAAUAACUCUGCCUUUAUCAGUUUAUCAAAAUUAUAUAUUAGCCAAGGUAGAAAAUGUUGGCAUGGAACUCAAGGAUAUAGUCAAUGAAUUAAAAAAAGAGACUGCUAUGGCAAGAAAGGCAUAUAAUUUAACUGAUAAGCAAACUGUGAUUCUUUUCAAAAGGUCCCUUAAAAAGCAGUGGAGAAAACUUAUAGAAAGAGAUAAUUGCCAUCCCCUGAAAGCAACAAUAGUUAUAUGGUUCCAAAUACCUCUGUGGGUGUGCAUGUCAUUUGCCUUAAGAAAUUUAGUUAACAUGAAUCCACCAGAUCCAUCUGCUAUGGUUACCUUUAUGGAAAUGUCGACCGGUGGAAUAGGUUGGAUUCCUAAUUUAAUAGAACCUGACCAUUCUUUAAUUCUCCCAGUGGCGUUUGGUUUGACAAACUUAGCAAUAAUAGAAAUACAAAGAAUGUCAAAAUUAAGGACACCAUCAAAACUGCAAAAUGUUUUUACUAAUGUCUUUAGGGUAUUUUCAUUAGUAAUGAUACCUAUUGCAGCAAAUGUUCCUUCAUGUAUGUGUUUGUAUUGGGUCACAUCUAGUAGCUUUGGAUUGAUACAGAAUUUAUGCCUUUUGUCGCCAUCAUUGAGAAGAAAAUUACAAAUACCCUUAGCUCCAAGUGAGCUGGAAGACCCAUAUGGACACAUGAAAGAAGAAAUCAACCAUAAAGUUAGAAACAUACUGCCAAAAAAGUCUUAACAUGUUAUGCACAAAGUCUAACUUAGUAUUUUAAUAUAAGCAUACUGAAAAAAACAAUUUUUGUUUUCAUAUCUUAUUAAUUUCAGA